UGACGCUUUCUCAACGGCGGCCAGCAAGAUUGUGGUGCUUGGCGUCGGCUCGGUUCUCCCGGCGAGGAGGAAGAGGAGGGAAGGCGAGAUGCACGACUUCAGCCUGAUCAACAUCGUCUCCGGGUAAAUUCUCUCCUGCACCGCCAACCAACCACCAACCACCACCGCCAUCAACGGCAAUCAUAUACCCGAAUGGCAACAACACCAACACCAAAGCUAAUGGAAACCGACGAACCGCAUCUCUCCCCGCUGCGGCGGUUCACCUCGGCCGUGCGCUGGAGCUGGUACGCGAUCUCGCUCAGCUGGGGGGGAAUUGCGGUGCUGCUGCACCAGACCCCGCACCAAUUCACGGGGCUCAACACCAUCGGCACGAUCGUCUUCAUCGCCAACCUGGUCAUCUACGCCCUGAUCACGGGGUCCUUCAUCUUCGAGGCGCUCAGCCCCAGCCCGAGGCCCGGCAAGGCCGCCGCCGCCGCGUCGGGGCCCCCGGACUUCCGGACGCGCUGGCUGCACAUCCAGCAGCUGACGGACCUGUACUUCAUCCCGAUCUCGCUGCUGGCCUUCGCCGCGAUCCUGUUCGGGGUCUCCUACUACGGCACACCGCACUGCGGCCGGUGGCUGGUCCUGACGCUGCACGCGCUGUUCUGGGUGUACACGGCCGUCUCCCUGGUGCUCUGUGUCGUGCUGUCGUGGGUCAUCCCGCACACGCACACCACCCCCGAGAAGCACUACCCGAUCGUGCAGAUCCUGCCCUUCUUCCCGCCGAUGCUCAGCGGCACGAUGGCGGGCAUCCUCGCGCCCCACCAGCCCGCCAACCUGGCCCGGCCCAUGCUCGUCGGCGGCACCACGAUGCAGGGCCUCGGCAUCCUGAUGUUCUUCGUCGUCCUCGCGCAGACGGCGCACACCCUCACGCGCAGCGGCCUGCCGGAGGGGAAGUUCCGGCCCGAGAUGUUCAUCGCGGUGGGCCCGCCGUGCUUCACCAUCAUCGCCUGGUACGGCAUGGCCUCCGCGGCGCUUGAGAAGCUGCCGGACUACUAUCUCAGCAAGGCGAGCAGCGUGCACACGGCCGAUGUGCUGUAUAUCCUGGCGGUCGUGGCGGGCGUCAGUCUGUGGGUGCUGGCGUUCGUGCAGUUCUGGCUCGCCGUGCUGAGUAUGGUCGACGCGAUGGUCCGCGGGCUGAUUGCGUAUGAGCUGAACUGGUGGUGUAUGGUCUUCCCCUUGACGGGGUUCGUCCUGUGUACGUGCAAUCUGGGCCAGGCGUUGGAUUCCCCGGCCAUUCUGUGGGUGGGUUCCGCCAUGACAAUCGGGCAGGUCGCGCUGUGGUUGGUGAUUUGUGGGUGUCAGAUUGUAGUUUGGGUGCGACGGGGGUGGUAGUUUGGUUUCUUUUUUGGCUCGCGAGUUAGAGUUGUUGUGGCUGGGUGUAUAAAAUUGGUUGCUCUGGGUUUAGCGAGUUUUGAUAUAUCUGCAUUCUGCUUUCGCAUUAAAUUGA